AUGCGUCAUUUUUAUUCGAACCAAGUGAAUCUUGUCGAAAUAGUAAAUACUAUCUCUCCAACAAUAAUAUCUUUAAAUGAACUUGGCACUGUGGUUCCGGCAAAAACAAUUGAACAACUUCUCUUCUCAUGCAAUGUGUAUGUGAAAGAAGGUACAAAUUAUCAUGGAGGUGUCGUAAUUGCAACAGAUAAAAAAUUAAAAUGCCAACCAAUAUCAAUAGAUGAACCAAAUAUAGUAGCAGUUCGCGUGAUAAUCGAGGAUCAGCUAUUUAUUGUAGCAAGUAUUUAUUCACCACCUACAGAAGCAUUACCAUUAGCAACUAUGACAACAUUAUUGAAUGAGUCAAGGAACUUGAUCUUAGCAAGAGAUUUUAAUGCCAAACAAUUGAAUUGGAAAUGUACUCAGGUGAACACAAAAGGAAGAAUUUUAUCAACUUGA